AUGUUCAGAACCACGCUAAGCCGUCUUGCCCCUGCCAACAGGUGCUUUUCUUCUGGGCGCGCUGUUUUGCAAAACGAAAACAAAAAAGUCACCAAGCACAUUGACUUUUUGUCGAAGUUCUACUCGCCGGAACUUUUGCAGAGCAUCAAAAUCACAGAGUCUCUUGUGGAUCCAAAGGAGUACUUGGAGAUGAAAAAAAGAGGAGGCCACGAGAUCUCCAAAGUCGCUCCAUCAAACCCAGUUGAGGACUACUCCAAGUCUGACCCAAAGUGGGAAGAGGCUAUACUUUAUCCGAACCAGGCUAACAACCGUACGCCAUACCCUGAAAUUCCACAGAUUCAAGGCGCAGAUAGAACGGAUUUGAAAUUGAGAUUCGACACAGCUGCUGCCACCACUACCAAAGGUGGACCAGCAGUAAAUGAUCAGUUUUUCGACCAAUUGCACAAGUUGACCGGGAUGGAGCCAUGGUACAUGAAGAAAUUGUACGUGCGUCCUAUUGUCAUGAAGAGAGUUUCGUGCCAGACUUCAAAGGGUAAAAUCCCUAACUUUUACGCAUUGACUGUUGUGGGAGAUAAGAACGGAAUGAUUGGUUUGGGCGAGGGAAAAUCCAGAGACGGUAUGAGAACCGCCUUGUAUAAAGCACACUGGAAUGCCAUCAAGAACUUGGGACCCAUCCCAAGAUACGAGAACAGAACCAUCAUCGGAGACAUUGACUACAAAUUCCAUGCUGUCAAGUUGUUUAUCAAGUCAGCCCCAGCAGGUUUCGGCUUGAGAGUCAACCCAAACAUUUUUGAAGUCUGUCAGGCUGCAGGUAUCAAGGACUUGAGAGGUAAAGUGUACAAGUCUAGAAAUCCAAUGAACGUGGUCAAAGGUUUUGUCGAGGCUUUGACUAAGCAAACUUCUUUGGAAGACUUGGCCGCUGGAAGAGGUAAAAAGUUGGUGGACUUGAGAAAGGUGUACUACUCGGCCUAA